GCGACGGCAGGAAGUCGACGGCGAGAAGCCCCGGUGCAUGCUGGGACCGUGACAUGAAGCGCAAUGGCGGUUAAACAGCGAGCGGCCCGCGGUCUCACACUGACAUGGCUCCUUUCGUCCCUUCUGCUCCAAACCUGUCGGACUUGUGCCGAAGAACUGACGUGGGAUGAGAAUGGCUAUGUGUUGUACUGCCCCUGCAUGGGUCGCUUUGGGAACCAGGUAGACCACUUCCUGGGAACGCUGGCCUUUGCCAAGAUGUUGAACCGAACCAUGGCGGUGCCCCCCUGGAUAGUGUACCGCCACCACACGCCUCCCUACACCAACGUCCAUGUUCCCUACAGUGAGUUUUUCCAGUUGGAGGCCUUGUAUGCCUUCCACCGGGUGGUCAGUUUGGAAGACUUUAUGGAGAAGCUGGCUCCCGAAUACUGGCCCCCGGGACAGAGGAAUGCUUACUGCUUUGAGACUGCGGCACAGCGGAGUGUUGACAAGAAAUCCUGCCCUAUGAAGGAUGGGAACCCGUUCGGCCCAUUCUGGGACUACGUUGGUGUGGAGUUUGACAAGUCUGUCUUGUUUGGGGGCAUGUCUUUUAACACCUACCACCAACCCCAGUGGAUGAAAAAGUUCCCCCCUGCCGAGCACCCUGUCCUGGCAAUGCCUGGGGCUCCUGCACAGUUCCCAGUGAUAGAGGAGCAUGUGAGCCUGCAGCGCUACGUCGUGUGGUCGGACAAGAUGGUUAAGGAGGGAGAGGAGCACAUUGCCGCCUCACUGACCAGGCCAUACGUUGGUAUUCACCUGAGGAUUGGCAUAGACUGGCAAAACGCAUGCAAAAUGCUAAAGAGUGGAGAUGCAGGGCCUCACUUCAUGGCCUCUCCUCAGUGCGUCGGAUACAACCACCAGACAGCCCUGCCCCUCACCAUGCCCAUGUGCCUCCCUGACCUGGCAGAGAUUCGCAGGGCUGUCAAGCUGUGGGUGAAGAAGACCUCGGCCAGCUCCAUCUACAUUGCCACUGACUCAGAAUCCCAUAGUAAAGAUAUUGAAAAGCUCUUCAAGGGAAAGGUGAAAGUGGUGACUCUCCAGCCAGACUCGGCGCAGCUGGACCUGUACAUCUUAGGCCGCGCCGACCACUUCAUUGGCAACUGCGUCUCUUCCUUCUCCGCGUUUGUGAAGAGGGAGCGGGACGUGCAUGGGCUCCCAUCCUCCUUUUUUGGCAUGGACAAGCCUGGGAAAUCAAAUCCCAGAGAAGAACUCUGAGUAGGAGCAUCGCAAAGGUCGCCCUCGGGGCGCCGAUGAUCGAGGCGGGACAGCGUGUGAAAAGCAGAGGAUAUUUAUUUUUUAUUUGACAUUCUUAAUGAGUAAAGCAAGAUAAGAAACAAGCACAGACAGGUUACAUUUUAGAAUGGGAAUGGAGGAAAGCCUUAUAAGAUGGCAUGUAACCAGUUGGUAGUAUGAAUGUUUUUGAAAUGUUGCAACAUGCUACUACACCAAGAAAUGCUGUUGUUGUUUUGUCUGUUCCCUGCUUGGAAAACCUGUGUGUAUGUUCCCUCUAAAGAUUUGGACCUACCUACUUUUGUUCACUGUAGUAGAGUCAGUUUUCUGCAGUUUCACUUACAUUCCCUUUAGCCACAUUCUGAAAUCUGUCGCUGGAUUUAUGUUUUACAAACCAGACACGUUAGCAGGAACUCUGAUCAUCUCAGUGAACUCUGGAAAAGACUGAUUGUAGCGUCAGCGAUCAUGGCCUUCCUCUCUCUUUUGCCCUCUUCCACUUUACUGUCUCUCCCCACUUUCCAGUCCCUCCAUCUCGCUACAGCUUGAUCUUUUCCUUCCCUCUGUCCUCCUUUACGAGGAGACCACAGUAACUGAUCCUCCUGUCCAUACUAAUUACAAAGAGGAAAAAGGAGACUGCCUUUCCACAUCUCAAUUCACCAGGGCCAGAAAUGAGAUGUGUGGAACGCUGGUGUGAAUGUCACAGGAGCAGUGCUGUUAUUGACAAUGCGAACCAAAGGUUUUUGGUGGACAAAAUGGUUGAUUUGCACCGGAUGAUUUGAUUUACAUCCAAGUGGAAAAUGUGCUGCAAGAUAAUUGUGCUCCUCAGUUUGAAAGCAGUGAAUGCAAUGGUGUUGAAGUUAUUUUUCUAUCAUGUUUUUCACCAAUAAAGAUGUGAACAUUAGAUUUCCAAGAA